AAAUCGAAUUUCCGUUUAUAUGGUGAAAGCCAAACACGGUUGUUCUGGGCACCGUUGAGGCGUUGAAGCUUUUUCCAAUGUUCAAAGUUUUUCUCUUCCGCAAUGCCUUUGCCAUAUCAACAACCUCAUUUUCUAUCAGAUUCCUCACCACUACUAUCACUUCAGAUUCAAACUCAUUCACCGUAUCCUACCUCAUCCACAAAUUUGGAUUCUCACAUGAAUUCGCACUCAAAGCUUCCAAACAGCUUUAUUUCAAAACCUCACAAAAACCUGAUUCAGUUCUCAACUUCUUCAAAAAUCACGGUUUCACCGACUCACAUAUACGCAAUGUCAUCAAAAGGGAACCAUGGCUUCUUUCCUGCGAUACCCAGAAAAGGAUUCUCCCAAAGUUUCAAUUUUUACUCUCCAUAGGUGCUUCUUCCUCUGACAUUGUCCACAUGGUUAGAUGUAACCCUAAGUUCUUGGAAUUAAGCUUGAAGAAUAAUCAAAUUAAGUUUGAAUAUUUUCUAUCCAAAGGUGCUUCUUCAUCUCAUAUUAUUUCAUUGUUAACUUCAAACCCUCAAAUUUUACAAAGUAGCCUGGACAAACGAAUAAUCCCUCUUUUUGAAUUGUUAAGAAUGUUCUUUAAAACUAACAAGGAUACAAUUGUUUGCUUAAUUCGACAUUCGAAAUGGGUUGCUAGUUAUCCCCAUCACCUUAUUGUGGCUAAUAUUAAUCUGAUGUCUGAUUUUGGCGUGUCUCAUUCUGUCAUUGCUAGAUUGCUUCAAAUUAAACCAUCUAUAUUUUGUUCAAAGGAUUUGAUUAAGUCAUUGGAGGAAGUUAAAGGUUUAGGGUUUCAUCCCCCAAUCACUACUUUUGGGGCUGCUUUGAUAGCCAAGAAAGGUAUGAGUAAAAAACUUUGGGAUGAGAAAGUUGAUGUCUUUAAGAAAUGGGGUUGGUCUGAUGAAGAUGUUAUUCGAGCAUUUAGAGGUCGUCCUGACUUGUUGUUGACUUCAAUUGAUAAGAUUAAUUUGGUGAUGAGUUUUUGGGUCAAUCAAUUGGGUUGGGAUUCCUUGGCACUUGCUAAAAGGCCACAUAUUUUUAGUUAUAGUUUGGAGAAAAGGAUCAUUCCAAGGGCCUCAGUUUUGCAAUAUCUUGUGAUGAAAGGUUUGAGGAAAAAGAAUGCAAGCUUAGUUGCACCAUUUGAUUAUUCUGGGAAAAUGUUCUUGAGCAAGUUUGUUUUUAGCUUUAAGGAAGAGUCUGAUUAUCUAUUAAAGCUGUAUGAAGAAAUGAAACACGCAUACACAAUGGAAAACAAUGGCAUGCCAUUCACAAAUUAGGAAUUCAAUUGGUCUCCACCUGUCCAGCUGAGACAAUUACUCUCACCAGGAACCUUUAUUGUCAACCAGUCCCCAAAGAUGCAAACACAACUCAUCCUAGCACUGCUGCAAUGAAGAGUUUAAGCAUAUUCAAAACUGCGUGGGGGGAUUUAGUUGAUGAAGAGACAUCUAUGAGUGACGAGCAAGAGCAGAAUCUUGAAGGAGAUUUUGAUGAGGGGAGUUCAUUCACUCCUUUUAUGUCCAGAAGGAAGAAAAAAUAUAAUAAGAAGCAUGCUAAUAAGCCAAGUGAUAAAGGUGUUCAAAGCACAAGCAGUGAUCAUAUACAAACUCGUUCCAAAAAGGGUGUGAUCAAAAGCAAUCCCAAAUAUAUGUGACUUUCAAGUUGACAGUUUUGUUUUUCUUAUGUUUUGCUAGUUCUGUUGCUGGACAGGUUUGUAGAUAAGCAGUGCCUGUGUUGAAUAACUAGUCUUUUCUGGUAGCUUUCAGUGGUGGUGGACUUUUUACCACCUUUGGUAGUUUUGAUCCUUUCUCCUUUGAAGUGGUAGACUUCAUAGGAGGAUUCAUGUUCUUUUUGGUUUUUUCUGGUUUUAUUGGGUCUUUGGCUUGGUCCCCCCCAAUUUUAUACUUGUCUCUUUCUUUUAUUGCCUUUAUAGAAAAAUAAAAAAAAAUCUCUGUCUUUAUUAAUGAUGAUAAUUUGGUUCCUUGAAGGACUGUAUUGAUUUAACUGUUGGAAGAAUUGUAUUGAUUUUUAGAAUGACCUUUAGUUUCUCUCA